UUGUGACAGUGAACGCUUAGCUGCAUGCCUAUACUUCAACUUCAAAGUUCAUACCUUUCUCUCUCCAAACAUAUUGUUUGUUUCAUGAUCCAACACUCUUUCUCUCUCAUCUCAUCAUCUACAUCAUUUGUUAAUUAAUUCAUCAUCAUUAAUUCAUGGCCGGAAAACAAGCAUUCUUGCCGAUGUCCCAAACGGAUGCACAAGGAGGAACAACAUCUGGCGGCGGCGGUGGUAUGCGGCGGCGAUUAUCCUCCAUCUCUGAUCUCCACCUGAAGAUCCAGUCAUCUUCCAUGUCGGCGGCGACAUGGGGAUUACGCAGAUCUAAGUCGGCGGCGUCAAUGGGUGAGCACGCCGCUAGCUCAAUCAGGAAAUGGUGGGAAUGGGGAUGGGCUUGGAUCCAAUUCAGGAAACCGGUGGGAUCAGAUCUGGAGAUGAGCGAAGAGGACCACCGACUUUAUAAUCAUAACAACAACAGGGAGACUAAUCCUAUAAGCAGCAGUUUGAGGAAUGUGUUCCUUAAAGUCAGGAAGGAAUUCCGGCGAUUCGCCGGCGGUAACGACAGGGUUGGUCUUCCUCAGACCUACAAGUACGAUUCCUUCAAUUACGCCAAGAAUUUCGAUGGUUGAAUUGAAUUGAAUUCAUUCUAAUAAUAAUUAAUAAUAUCUCCUCCGGUCCGGUCCGGUCCGAUCAGAUCUGCUAUAUAUAUACUAAGAGAAAUUGUUAAUUCUACGUUUGUUCUUCUAUUCUAUUCUUUAAUAUUGGAAUCCUAUGUAUCUCGAUCUGUUUUGUAUAUUAGAAUUCUAUUUUUAUUUUUAUCUUUUCUUUUUGUUAAACAUUUUAAUCUUUUUAUAUGUCUUUCUUCAUGGAAUCUAUAAAUCCAAGGGUGGGGUUGUUUUUAAUUUAACAG